AUGUCAAACCCAUUCGAUGAAGAUGAAGGUCCAUUUGCGGACCCUCAACAUCCUUCUUUACCGCAUGCUGCAUUCACAAGUGAUCGCUCAUCGCCUAGAAGAUAUAAUAGAAUAGAAGACGAUGAUGAUGAUGAAGCAAGUGAAGAGCUUAUGAUGUUUCCACAAUCGACCCAACAACUGCCCUAUAGACAAUCCCCAAAUAUAUUUGCCAGAAGUGUUGCUAGUGCAAAUAGAAAUCAGGGAAAUCCUCUUGGGAAUGCACCAAAUCUUCAAUUUGGGGAAGGAACAACUCCAAGAUCUCAAUUUACAUCCAGAGAGUCACCAAAGCGUCAAAGGAAGGCUGAAGUUUUUAUUGACAGUGAUGAUGACGAAAGAGAAGUUGCAGAUCCAUUUCUGGGUUCUCCAAGACGUUCGCAAUUUGGAAAGUCGGUUAACAGUUCAGCUAGAAGUGAAAGGUUCUUAGAGCCACCUCAACCAAUUUUUUCGCCAGAGACAUUCGCCGAAGCAAACCCACACGAUGAAGACCAGGAAACUAUCACGGAUGAUAAAUCAAGGAACAGCUACGAUUAUGAUUCUUAUCAAAAAGCACAUGAACUAGAACAAAGGUCGUUGUAUUCCGAUUCUACAGCUUAUAGUGGCCCAUCCUAUACUUCAGGAGAGGCUGAAGAAAGUGAAUACUUUGGAGCAUCUAUUGACGGAGAGAUGAUGCAUAAUAUUGAUAACGGUUAUGUCCCAACCGGCGAUAAAACCGUAACGAGACGUAAAGUUAGGUUAGUUGGAGGAAAAACAGGUAACUUGGUGCUUGAAAAUCCAAUUCCUAAUGAAUUGAAGAAAGUUUUGACAAGAACUGAAUCACCUUUUGGUGAAUUCACAAAUAUGACAUAUACAGCUUGUACUUCUGAGCCUGAUGAAUUCGUUAGCGACGGUUUCACCAUUAGAGCCGCAAAAUAUGGAAGAGAAACUGAAAUUGUGAUCUGUAUUACAAUGUAUAAUGAAGAUGAAUUUUCAUUUUCUAGAACCAUGCAUGGUGUUAUGAAGAAUGUUGCUCACUUAUGUUCUAGACAUAAAUCAUCAGUUUGGGGUAAAGAUGGUUGGAAAAAGAUUCAAGUCAUAAUUGUAGCGGAUGGUAGAAAUAAAGUAAAUAGUUCGGUAUUACAAUUAUUAACAGCUACUGGGUGUUAUCAGGAGAAUUUAGCAAGACCCUAUGUCAAUAACAAGAAGGUUAAUGCCCAUUUAUUUGAAUACACCACUCAAAUAUCCAUUGACGAAAAUUUGAAGUUCAAAGGAGACGAAAAGUGUCUUGCUCCAGUUCAGGUUAUGUUUUGCCUUAAAGAAAAGAACCAGAAGAAGAUUAACUCGCAUAGAUGGUUAUUUAAUGCAUUCUGCCCUGUUUUAGAUCCUAAUGUGGUUAUCUUGUUAGAUGUUGGAACAAAGCCUGACAGCCGUGCAGUUUAUAAUUUAUGGAAGGCAUUUGAUAGGGAUUCGAAUGUUGCAGGUGCUGCAGGUGAAAUUAAGGCUAUAAAAGGAAAAGGAUGGAUUAAUUUAACCAACCCCUUGGUCGCAUCCCAGAAUUUCGAGUAUAAAAUGUCCAAUAUUCUUGAUAAGCCAUUAGAAUCAUUAUUUGGUUAUAUUUCAGUUUUGCCGGGUGCAUUAUCGGCUUAUCGUUAUAUUGCAUUAAAAAAUCAUGAAGAUGGCACAGGGCCAUUAGCCUCAUACUUCAAAGGUGACGAUUUGUUGAAUGAAUUAAACGAUAGUAAAAAGAAUAGUAAAACAAACUUCUUUGAAGCAAAUAUGUACUUGGCAGAAGAUCGUAUCUUGUGUUGGGAAUUGGUUUCCAAAAGAAACGAAAAUUGGGUUUUGAAGUUUGUUAAGCUGGCAACAGGAGAGACAGAUGUACCUGAAUCAAUUCCUGAAUUUUUGUCACAAAGAAGACGUUGGAUUAAUGGUGCUUUUUUUGCAGCUUUAUAUGCUUUACGUCAUUUCAAUAGCAUUUGGCUAACCGAUCAUUCAUUCUCUAGGAAGUUCUUUUUGCAUGUCGAAUUCAUUUAUCAAUUUGUCUCCCUUUUGUUCUCCUUUUUCUCGUUAAGUAACUUUUAUUUGACUUUUUACUUCUUAACGGGUUCAUUGGUCGACAAUAAGAAUAUUGGAAACAAUGGAGGUUUUUGGAUCUUCACCCUAUUCAAUUAUUUAUGUAUUUGUUGCUUAACGUCGUUGUUUAUUGUUUCUAUUGGUAAUAGACCCCAAGCUUCGAGAAGAAUUUUCAAAACAUUGGUCAUAUUAUUGACUGUGUGUGCAUUAUAUGCAUUGAUAGUUGGAUUUUAUUUCGUUUUCAGCACUAUCGAAAGUUACGGCAUGGGAGAUUCAUCUACUUAUGUUUUCAUAAGUAUUGUUGUAUCAUUAUUAUCCACUUAUGGCUUGUACACUUUAAUGUCCAUUUUAUAUUUGGAUCCAUGGCAUAUGUUAACGUGUUCGGUACAAUACUUUUUGAUGAUUCCUUCUUACACUUGUACCUUACAAAUUUUUGCAUUCUGUAAUACACAUGAUGUUUCAUGGGGUACUAAAGGGGAUAACAACCCACAAGAAGAUAAGGAUAAUCAAUAUAUUAUUCACAAGAAUGAGAAGGGUGAAUUUGAAGCCGUGGUUGUGGACGUUAAUAUUGAAGAAGUAUACCUCGAAACCUUGUACAAUAUCAGAGCCAGAAGAUCCAACAAGAAAGUUUUAACUGCCCGUCCACCACCUCCUCAAUUAGAAGGGGAAGAUUACGCAAAAGAUGUCCGUAGUAGAGUUGUCUUAAUUUGGUUACUUGUAAACUUAAUUUUCAUCAUGACCAUGUUACAGGUAUACGAACCUGGUGCAACAGAUAAAAACAUUUACUUAGCAUUCAUUUUGUGGACUGUUGCCGCAUUAGCAUUCUUUAGAGCUGUGGGUUCGUUUGGUUACCUUAUCCAACAAUCAGCGAGAUUUAUGGUUGAAACCAAGAGCAAGUGGAGCCAUAAGAGAGAAGGUUAUGCAGCUCCAAAUACAAAUGCUUUAAACUAA